AUACCCUUACAUAUAUGAGACAAAGAAGUCGUGCAAAAAAAUAUCCAAUCUGAAUACUUGGUAGUCCUACCCCAGUUGUCGCAAAUAGCAGUAUUUACAUAACCAAGUCGAAUUAAUCAAAUCCUACAUUGCUAGAGUAUGUAUUCCACAUUUGGAGGCGGAUUAAAAAAUUAACACAUCGUUCUUAAAAUACAUAACUAGUGCUAAUCUAAAUUGUAAAUCACCCUUAAUUAAAAUGUAUUCCACGUUGGCAAAGUAUGCUGGUUUCGUGUUUCAAAUUUGUGUAGCGUACGUCAUACUAGCUCCACUGCUUGUGUGUGUUUUCGUCCUCAAUGAAUUAUACCGUUAUUUUAUUAUAGUUUUCCUAUAUUUGUGUCAUGACGAAUACUGCCUCGUUGGGAAUGGAUUGGACUGCAUUUGUCUUUGGAAGAAGGAUUACACAUCUGAAAAUGAAGGACGGCACGGUGUCAUGAACAUUGUCAUGUUGCAAUCGAAUAGUUUCGAUAAUUUUACCAUUCAAGAUGAGCAAAAGUUCGUGGUGGAGAAAGUGUUUGAGAAAAAUGGUGCUUUAUUGUAUGAAAAAUUGAAGCAGGUGGUAGUGACAAAGUAUGGUUUUGCAUUGUGGAAGAAAGAUAGUGGUAUGUUUGACAUAAAAAACCACGUGUACAUAUAUCCGAGGACAGAUGACCAAAUCAUAACGGAGGAAGUUCUGCUGGACGAAAUUGUACCACACCUGUCAAAAGGGAUGAACGAAACUAAACCACAAUGGGAAUGGAUUGUCAUUCCGAAAGUGAAAUUACGCUGUCACGACACCCCGCAAAUGGUACGUUUGUUCCGAUUUCAUCACGCCUAUAUGGACGGUGGGUCUUGUGGGCUUCUUAUUGGGGACGGUAUACUAGAAUUCUCGGACGCCUUGGGGAGAUCUAUUGAUCGUCCUCCCUACGUUAUUGAUCCCCUGGCCAAACCUCUAAAACCAAAGGAACAAAUACAAGCCGUUCUUGCAAAAUGGUUAGGUAUCACUGGUCUCCCGUUUUUCGUCAUAGAUCCAAUUUUCCACCCAAGCCGAUACCCAAAAAGCGAUAAAAUUGCGUAUAAACCGGAAAAAGGUGGAUCAGGAUGUCGUAAUUUUUGCAUUUCGAGAAGAUUAGACUUUGAGACAAUUCGAGCCAUCAAGUCAUUCUCGGCAAGACCAGUCUCAUUCAUUUUGGUGGAUUCUGUACUCAAAUCCAUAUCCAUUGUUAUGCAGGGAAAGCAGAUCUCCGACCCUGCCAAGAAAUAUUUUGAUAUCGCAAUACCCAUAGCACUCCUUCCUUACCGAGAUCUUAAACCGAGGAAUAAAACCGGCGUUGUCAGGCUGUUACCGGAAGCAAGAACAACCCAAUUAAACGUUGGCGAGGAGACAAGUAUCUCAUCCAGAAUACAAUUCUUUUCAUACUUUUACAUCCUUAAAAUAAUUGGACGUUUUCCUGUCCGCGUUGUGAGACUUCUUCUCCAUGGUACUCCGAGCAGUAUCGUAUUCUCAAAUAUGCCAUUCACUACGGAACUUGGUACAAUUCAAGGUCAACUUGUGAAUGGGGUGGGAUCAUGGCCUUGCUGUACGGGAGCCACAGGAAUAGCAAUCUCAACAAUAAGAUAUGGUGAAACGGUGUCAUUCAUGUGUUCCGUUGACGAUACUGUCCUAAGUCGGGGUGAGACGCAAAGGUUCCUUGAAACUGUGGUGGAUCAAAUAAUAGAUUUGUCUCAACGUGGAAAUCAGACUGCUUCUGACCAUAUCUCGAUUUCUGUUUAAUUAAGAAAUGCCACGUGUGUUAUGAAAUGUUACAGCAUGAGUUCGCAUUUGUUGAGAAUAAAGAUGAUUCUAUUUCAAUGUA